UUCCAGUGUGGCGGUUUGGGCGGCGGCUGAGUCGCUUGACAGCCUCAAUAUAACGGCGGUGUGUCGUGUGGAGAAAGAGAUUCCCAAAACUCAGCCGCUUGUCUUUCGUCCGGAGACACGUCCAUACAGCAGCCAUGGUUCGCCAGGUGGAAACUUUGGAUGACUUCAAUGCAAUCCUGAAGGAAGCUGGAGACAAGCUGGUGGUGGUGGACUUCACAGCCUCCUGGUGUGGUCCCUGUAAACAGAUUGGCCCACACUUUGAAGAACUGUCGAAUAAGGCUGAAAACAAGAACGUGAUUUUCCUGAAGGUGGAUGUGGAUGAUGCUCAGGAGGUGAGUGAACAUUGUGGGAUUCAGUGCAUGCCCACAUUCAUGUUUUUCAAGAAUGGAUCGAAGGUGUUCGAGUUCUCUGGUGCAAACAAAGAUACACUGACUGAAAAAGUGGCAGAGUUCAGAACAUAAAGUUCCACCGACCAGUCGACACACCCUCAUCGUAUGAACCACAGUAGCCACUGUACAUGCCCAAGAAAAAUUCCAGUUUCAUGUUGUGUACAAUAACCAUCAGCUCUUCCAUUCCACCCUGGCAAUAAUAAUUUAUUGCACUCAUGUAUUGGUGACAUACUCUAAGUCCUGUCAGUUCAAUGUACGUAUUGACUGUUUUAACAACUGGCUGAAAUUUUAUUAAAACCCUUUUUAAUUCUGUUUUAUACGAGAGAUUGGCUUAGCUCCGGAUAAACUCCUGAACUUUCUUUGUGUUGUGUUAAACAAGGUGGAUUUAAUAAAUGAAGAUGAGUUACAGGAA